AUGCAAGACACUAUUGGAAUUCCUGCUUGCUUCUCAUCCAGCCAGAAAAUAUCCGAUGAACACACGGCUGUAACCAGGUCAGGCCAGAGUGUUUUCUUGUCCAUAUACCGUACAAAGAUCGCGGAUCAGUGCUGCUUAAUCACAAUUACAUGGUGCAAAAACUUGCUACUCCAUGGCCUCUCAAUUUCAGUGCAGGGUCCGGACGGAGAAAGCCAGUAUACCUGCAAAGUUGAGCUGAAGCCAUGGUAUUUCUGGAGAAAACAAGGUUCAAAACGCUUUAUAGUUGAAAGUAAAGUUGUUGAUGUCUUCUGGGACCUUAAGGCUGCAAAGUUCAAUGGGGAAACGGAGCCAAACUCCGAUUACUAUGUUGCAGUCGUUUGUGAUGAAGAGGUCGUGCUUCUUCUUGGGGAUCUGAAGAAGGAUGCCUACAAAAAGACUGGUUGUAGGCCAGCACUCAUCGAUCCCAUAUUGGUUUCAAAGAAGGAACACAUAUUUGGUAAGAAAAAGAUCUCUACAAGAGUCAAAUUCCAAGAGAAAAGUAGCUUCCAUGAAAUCUCAAUCGAGUGCAAGAACAGUAGUGCUGGUGGUGGGAACAUUAUUAGCAAUGGAAAUCCUUUCACCGGGAUAGAGCCUGAGAUGGAGAUUAGAAUUGACGGACUUUUAGUCAUUCAUGUCAAGCAUCUUCAUUGGAAAUUUAGAGGUAACGAGUCAAUACAUAUCAACAAAAUGAGAGUAGAGGUAUAUUGGGAUGUCCAUGACUGGCUCUUUAGCCCAGGUUUAAGGCAUGCAUUGUUUAUUUUUAAGCCAAUUCUGUCAUCCACAUCAGUAUCAUCUUCAUCAUCACCACCACUAUCAUCUUCAUUGACAUCAACACCAUUGUCAUCCCAAGCAGCGAGUUCUGGUUCAUUAGAGGGGUUCAACAGUACAAGUGGGUCUUCUGAGUUUUGCUUGUUUCUUUAUGCUUGGAAGAUUGAAUAA